AUGUCAAGCACAACGAAGCUCCUGCCUUUUGAUGUUCCAAGCUCUCUAGGACAGUUCAUUUGGUCUGCAAUAGCUCCUUUGGCUCUCUAUACGGUCUAUAAACUUGUCAAUUUGAUACAUGAAGAGGCCACAUCACCGCUGCGUGGUCUGCCGGGCCCUGAAAGCCCUAGCUUUAUCUGGGGAAACAUAAAGGAUAUCUGGAACUCAACCGACUCUGCAAUCUAUGACAAGUGGGUUGAGGAACAUGGGAGUACUAUCAAGUACAUGGGUCCAGCCGGACUUAAGAGGUUGUACACUACCGAUCUCAAGGCUAUCAACCACAUUCUGGUCAAUUCUUACGAUUAUCCAAAGCCUGAAUCUGCAGUAUACAACAUCAAGCGUAUUCUGGGGGAGGGAGUUCUACUGGUCGAAGGCGACAUCCACAAGCAACAGAAUCCUGCCUUUGGACCUCAACAAAUUCGCGAGCUGACCGAAAUUUUUAUUGAAAAGGCCAUUCAACUCAGAGACAUUUGGUCUUCAGAGAUUAAAAGGCAGAAUGAUGAUGGACCAGCGAAGGUUGACGCUCUUUCUUGGCUGAGUCGCUUGACGCUGGAUGUCAUUGGUCUAGCAGGGUUCAACUAUAAUUUUCAUGCUUUAACUGAUGACCCAGAGUUGAACGAGCUCAGCAAAGCGUUCGCAAUUAUGUUCAAAACCGGUACCAAGAUCGACGUUAUUGGAAUAAUGAGAGGUAUAUUUCCAUGGUUGAGAUUUCUUCCAGCAGACAGGGAUGCGGAAGCGAAACAGGCCUCUCAGACCAUGUUUAGAGUGGGCACAGAAUUAUUGGAAAAAACGAAAGCAUGUAUCAAGAAAGAAGAGUCCAAUAAGAGAGCGUGGGCAGCUCGAGAUCUUUUGUCAAUUCUUGUGCGUGCAAACGCCAUGCCUGAUAUACCUGAAAGCCAGAGGUUGUUGGACAAAGAUGUUUUGGCUCAAAUACCAACCUUUUUGAUCGCUGGUCACGAAACAACGAGUAUCGCCACAACAUGGGCGCUGUACUCUCUUACCCAAAACAAAGAUUCUCAAACGAAGCUUCGAGAAGAGCUCUUGACAGUUUCCACGGACAACCCAACGAUGGAUGAGCUGAAUGCAUUGUCAUAUCUUGAUGCCGUGGUACGCGAGACCCUGCGUGUCCACGCCCCUGUCCCAGCUACCAUGCGCGUCGCCUCGAAAGACGACGUUCUUCCUCUCAACGUACCAUAUACCGACAAAACUGGAAAGAAACAUUAUGAAGUCCAUGUUCGCAAAGGUCAGACAGUUAUCAUCCCGAUAACACCCAUAAAUCGCUCCAAGUCACUGUGGGGAGAAGAUGCUUCUCUAUUCAAACCAGAAAGAUGGUACAAUAUCCCCGAAGACGUUGCUGCCAUUCCCGGAGUUUGGGGAAACACAUUGAGCUUCCUGGGAGGGCCCAGGGCAUGCAUCGGAUACCGAUUUGCUCUCGUCGAAAUGAAAGCGCUCCUUUUCACGCUAGUUCGAGCUUUUGAGUUUGAGCUAGCAGUGCCGGCCUCCGAGAUCCAGAAGAAGUCAGUAAUUGUAACGCGGCCUGUCCUCGCUUCGGACCCAAACAAGUCGAACCAGAUGCCACUACUUGUGCGGCACGUAAUACUUUGA